GUAUUACUGUUCAGAUUAUUGAAUUGAUGUAAAAAACGCUUUCUCUCAGUAGUACAUUCUUUUAUUCUUAAUAUUUGGGAUUAAUGGGUGACGCUGCACGCUUAACACGUUUCAUCAACUCACUGCGAUGAGUCAGCUAGGUUCUAACCUACGUCACUUGUGAUUACUGCGACCUUGCCGUAACUUUCCUUGUAUUGAUCCGUGUUCACGUCAUGCUUCAAAUGUUACAAUAUCAGGACGAGUCAUAUUGACUGUAACACAAACUUAUUACUAACGGUCUCCGAAUCCACAAAUACCAUGUUCUAAAACAAGCUUUAACGUUUUUACUGUAAUUUUAUCGCAGCGUUUACGGAACUUCUGUUUCGGCAUUGUGACUUCACAUUACCACGACUCAACUAAAUCGAUUACUAUUAAGUACAAAACUAUCUAAUAAGUGGUAUAACGGCUUACAUGCAUUUUACCUCCUUUUCGUAAAAUCUAUACAGAACUUUACUUACAAAACUAUUUCUUAACUUAAUUAUACACUUCAAUUACUUUGCAGGCAGAAUAUACAUUGCAACACAUUUAUUUAUCCCUUUAUUUUCUUUCAACGACAACAUCGAGCAAUUUAUGCAGGACCCCCACCCCGCCCAUAUAUGACCUAUUCCUUGAAAGAAACUUCGCGGCGGCUAUCGAUCCCCGUUGAUGCAGGAAACCUCCAGAAUAUUCCUGCGCCAUCUACCAACACCCAGUUUACAGCUUUGCCGCCAUUGCGGUGAAAUUUUAGAAUUUAAUACAUAAUUUUUGGAAUGCUUAAAACGUAGUGUCAAGUUCGAAAAACGUGAAUGACGGUAAACUGAAGUAUUUUGUGACAUAUAUUCGUUCUUACGAUUUACUGGCGUUCAGUUGUUGGUGGUAACUACUUUACGUCUGCGCAACAACAUGUAAACCACGUGCACGCGACCUCCGCGCGCUACUCUGAGCAGUCGUCACGUCAUUGGUGGAUUCUCGGAGAAGGUUCUGGAACUUGGUGCAAAAGCAGUCAAUAAAACCGACAGCGGAGGAACCCAGCGCCGAUUUGGAAUCAGAACAGCGGAGAGUGUGCACGUGUGUUAUUUAUUGAAGUUGUGCCUGCAAUAUACGCUAACGAAAGAAAAUGGCUGUUAAAGCACCUGCAGUGGGAAUUGAUCUAGGUACCACCUACUCCUGUGUUGGAGUGUUCCAGCAUGGGAAAGUGGAAAUCAUCGCCAAUGAUCAAGGGAAUCGUACAACACCUAGCUACGUCGCAUUUACGGACACAGAGCGACUCAUUGGCGAUGCUGCUAAAAAUCAGGUGGCCAUGAACCCAAGUAACACUAUUUUUGAUGCAAAGCGUCUUAUUGGGCGCCGUUUCGACGACCAGGCUGUACAAAGCGAUAUGAAGCAUUGGCCUUUCAAAGUCAUAAGUGAUGCUGGCAAACCAAAGAUUCAGGUUCAGUACAAAGGCGAAACGAAGACUUUCUUCCCUGAGGAGGUUAGCUCAAUGGUCCUGACAAAAAUGAAGGAAACUGCAGAGGCGUACCUUGGUAAAAAUGUCAGCAACGCUGUGAUUACGGUUCCUGCCUACUUCAAUGAUUCGCAGAGGCAAGCCACCAAGGAUGCGGGAGCCAUUGCUGGACUCAAUGUGUUGCGAAUUAUUAACGAGCCAACAGCGGCUGCAAUUGCCUAUGGUCUCGAUAAGAAGGUAAGUGGUCAUGGUGAAAGAAACGUGCUUAUCUUUGACUUGGGUGGUGGUACAUUUGAUGUGUCAAUUCUGACAAUUGAAGAUGGUAUUUUUGAAGUGAAAGCCACAGCAGGAGACACUCAUUUAGGAGGUGAAGACUUUGAUAACCGCAUGGUUAACCAUUUUGUGCAAGAAUUUAAGAGAAAGUACAAAAAAGACCUUACUACCAACAAAAGAGCACUGCGUAGGUUGAGAACUGCCUGUGAAAGAGCAAAACGCACCCUAUCUUCGUCAACUCAAGCCAGUAUUGAAAUAGAUUCUCUCUAUGAGGGUAUUGACUUCUAUACAUCUAUAACAAGAGCAAGGUUUGAAGAGCUCAAUGCUGACUUGUUCAGGUCAACUAUGGAACCUGUGGAGAAAGCACUCCGUGAUGCGAAGAUGGACAAAGCUCAGAUUCAUGACAUCGUGUUGGUUGGUGGGUCAACUCGUAUUCCAAAAGUACAAAAGUUGCUUCAAGACUUCUUCAAUGGCAAAGAACUGAACAAAUCAAUUAACCCAGAUGAGGCAGUAGCAUAUGGAGCAGCUGUACAAGCAGCAAUAUUGGCAGGUGACAAGUCUGAAGAAGUGCAGGACUUGCUACUGCUUGAUGUUACACCACUAUCUCUUGGUAUAGAGACUGCAGGUGGUGUGAUGACGACUCUUAUCAAACGAAAUACCACAAUCCCAACAAAGCAAACCCAGACAUUCACAACAUAUUCGGACAACCAACCUGGUGUGCUCAUUCAGGUGUAUGAAGGUGAGCGUGCCAUGACAAAGGACAACAAUCUUCUGGGUAAAUUCGAAUUGACAGGAAUUCCACCUGCCCCAAGAGGUGUGCCUCAAAUUGAAGUCACUUUUGACAUUGAUGCUAAUGGUAUCUUGAAUGUAACUGCUGUGGAGAAAUCAACUGGCAAGGAGAACAAAAUCACAAUUACAAAUGACAAGGGCCGUUUGAGCAAGGAAGAAAUCGAGCGCAUGGUCAAUGAAGCUGAACGUUACCGUGCUGAAGACGAGAAGCAGAAGGCAACUAUUGCAGCGAAAAAUGGACUCGAGUCUUACUGCUUCAACAUGAAGUCUACUGUGGAAGACGAAAAGUUGAAAGACAAGAUCUCCGACUCAGACAAGCAAACUAUCUUGGACAAGUGCAAUGAAGUUAUCCGUUGGCUUGAUGCCAACCAGCUGGCUGAGAAGGAAGAAUUUGAGGAGAAGCAGAAGGAACUCGAGCAGAUCUGCAAUCCUAUCAUCACCAAAUUGUACCAGGGUGCAGGAGGAGCUCCUGGAGGAAUGCCUGGUGGUUUCCCUGGUGGAUUCCCAGGUGCUGGUGGAGCUGCUGCUGGUGGUGCAGGUGCCGGUGGUGCUGGGCCAACUAUUGAAGAGGUUGACUAAAUGUGAAAGUGCUAAAGGUUAAUCUGUCCAGUUCAGUGCAGUUUUCAGUUCAAGCUUCAAGAUUUUUGUUAACUUGAAGUGUGCAGCAACAUGUUACAGACAGAACUUCAAUAUAGCUCAAAAAUCUUGUUUCGUUAGAAAUGUUUUCAAUUUCAAAUCCAUGUAAAUUGUUGUUUGGCUUUAAUUAAAGAGCUGUUCAGAAGAAAA